AUGGUCGAGCAGAACCAGAGUAUGACAUCAGGAAUGGGGGUCAUUACGCUCUCCGCUCAAGGAUAUGCCCCAGUACCCGAACUAUACACAGGAUCAUGGGCAAACGUCAGCCAAGGUCUCCAGGGAAAUUCGCGCGAUAUUCUCACUACAUACUGGCAGCAUACGAUUAACCACCUCGAGUCCGACAACCAUGAUUACAAAAUCCACCAGUUGCCCCUGGCCCGGAUAAAGAAAGUAAUGAAAGCAGACCCGGAAGUGAAGAUGAUCUCAGCCGAAGCCCCGAUCCUAUUCGCCAAGGGAUGCGACAUCUUCAUAACGGAAUUGACCAUGCGUGCCUGGAUACAUGCAGAGGACAACAAACGACGAACCCUCCAGCGAUCAGACAUUGCCGCCGCCCUCUCUAAAUCAGACAUGUUCGAUUUCCUCAUCGACAUCGUUCCGCGCGAGGAGGCUACACCCCACGCCAAACGGUCCGCGCAGACUGCUCCCACAGCACCCACAGUCCCUCCCCCACCCAACGCACCCAGCCAACUCCCUCCACAAUCUCAGCCAGGUGUCCAGCAUCCGCAACACCAUAUGGGCCCGCCUGACUAUGGCUCCCUUGGUCAACAUCCCAUGGGCCAGGAGCAGGAUUAUCGCCAGCAGCAGAUGUAUGGGGGAGCAGUCCAAUCGGACCCAGGAUAUGGCCAGCCGCAACCGCAAAUGUUUGAGAACAUGUAUGCGCCAUAUCCGCAUAUGCCUCCGCAGCAGAGUCCCAUAAAUUUUCCGAUAGUUCCUCUCUUAUUUUCUUCUUUCCUUUUUGAAAUUAUUGAUUAUAAAUACAAAAGGGGUUUGGCGGAAGUAAUUUCACAAAUCCAAUAA